CGAUCUUAUCCCUUCUGCGAAAGACUUUCACGUUCGUACCAGCGAACACAGCACGGAGAUUUCGUAUUUGAAAAAAACGUAUGGACCAGAAGGCAACAAACAUAGUUUGACAUUGUUCGUGUUGCUCACUUGGAGAGAUCAUACCGCACUGCAAUGAAAGACAGAGCCAUGCCUUCCUUCCGUUUGCCUCUACUUAUGCUUUUGUCCCUUUACUUUCCUAUGGAUAUACUCUCAAAGACUGAUCUAUCAAGCUGUAUGGAAGCUAUGCAACUAGCCGAUCAAAACAGAGACGGUCUUAUUUCCAGAUCCGAGUACGUCAACCUCAUGACGACCCUGAGUCCGUACGAGUCAUGUCCAGAUUCUCGCCUCGGCGGCGACCUUUUAGGAAACGGCUCCUUCCAUUUGGCGUUUUCGUCUUUGGCUUGCCUCUGUCUGCGCUACACGAAUGAUCGGAAUUGUUGUACAGAAGCGGGGGAAGAAAACGGCACCGGUCCCGUUCUCGUGUUGGGGAACGUGUACCCCAAAGCCUAUACCGAGCGCGUUUGUGCGACGCUCGCCGGUACGCUCGACGAUGAAUGUGCCCCUCCACCAACUUUGUCGCCUGCAGUGUUACUUUUGGAAACACCCGUUACCGCAGCGGCGGCACCUACUGCGGGUCGACCAGAAGCCUCUCAACCACCGACUGUAAGUCCCAACUUUCGUCCGUCAUCCAACCCGACUGCACCACCAAGGGAAUCGAUUUUACCUACACCAACGAGUCUAUUCAAUAGUGGAGGGGUUGAGGACGGAGGCAACAAUGGCUCCCUGGUUGAUGCGAACACAGACGACCCUAAUCGAGGACUGACCAUAGCCUUGCCCAUUGUGCUCCUUUUGACACUCAUCGGCACGCUUGCCUUUUGGGCAAACCGGCGGCGUUCACGUGCGCGCGAUCGUGAGUUCAGCUCUCUGGCGUUGGGUUAUUGGAACAAGGGACGCGGUACGGGUGGCGAACAACCAUCGCCGUCCGACAAUUUCGACAAUCGUACGACCUGUACAAAAUCAAUCGAAACGCCAGGAUGCGUGUGGGUCUCUGAGUUAAAACUCCCAUUGUCCUUGGAAAUGCAUACGCCACAGCGUUCUGUUAACCUACAGAAUAGUUUUGAAAUGAAUCACAGGGGCAUCGAUGCAAAAACCCAGGUUUCUUUAGGUUCCCUUGGCGUAUACGAAUCAGGAAGCGAAACCAGUACCGGUGUGGUUGUGGUCGGGGAGUUGGCGCAUCCCAAAAUCCGGCGAGAUCGGGAAUUUUCAUCUCCCUUGGAAAGCGAGGGGUCGGAGAUUGACGAGGAAUUUUUAUCGGAACAGGACGUUGACGAAAUUUCCUCGCUGGCGACAACGUCAGACGAUUACGAUUGUGAUUCAAAUUACACUCUGUAUCGAGCAUGUGAUGCCGUUCCCGAGAAGAACCAGAACGAUUCGUAUACGCCAGGGGAUAAGGCUAAGCAGACGCCGCCCCCUCAUGGUGUGAGUAGGCAGCGGCGUCCUUCCGCAAUCCCAACCGUUGGUAUUGCGACGAGCCCGAUUGUACUAGUCAACACAACGCUGCAUGCGGCAGCAACGGAAUACCCAGACCAAGGUCCAACACCUGCGUUCCAAUACGCGGAAGAGGGAAAUGACAGUGACUCGCAAGCAGAUUUUUCGUUCCUCGAUUACAGUCUGAAGCAAGCCGCGUGGCUAGACUUUCAGCCCGGUGCGGCACCAGAAGAAGGUCUGCCGUAA